UAAUCGCUUAUAAAUACGCGGUUGCACAUUCGAUGCAAGACAGUCUUAUUUGAGACCAAGAGUUUUAAAUAUACUUGCAGAACUUAGAAUGAAGAUUUUGUUGAUUAUUAUGGGUGUACUGGCCGUUAUGACGAAUGGUUUCAACAUCGAACGUUUGCGAAAGUUUCACCAAAACCUUGCAAAAUGCAACGAAGUGUUUGGCGAGCCGAUAUCUGAACACAUCGUUGAAAAUCUCUACUGCGCAGUGGAAAGAGACGGUCAGUUGCUUAACUCCAAAGGCGAAAUGAUCCAACGAGAAAUGUUGAAUGCAUAUAAAGAUGGUAUCUCCGACACGAACAGAUUGCUACAGGCAACAACAAAAUUCAAUAAAUGUUACGACGAAGGGCUGCAGAGUGGAAAUACCGGUAAGGAGCAAACGUUGAAAAUAAUUAUGUGUAGUGCGGACACUUUGGAUCUCCUCGACAAAAUAAAUUAAAAACAUAUCGCAAAUUCUCUUCAGGAUAUGUUAUACAAAAUAUGUUCUUUACGUUUUUUAUCGAGAACUUUCAAUGUUAUUUUAUGUACAUUGUUUCUUUAUUGAAUUAUAUUGAGCUAAUUUAAAAUUACCAAUUUCCAUUAUAUAUCGUUUCUUUAUUAAAUUAUAUUAAACUAAUUAAAAAAAUGUGUUUAAAUUAAAGAUUCAUUUAAUAAUACUGAACGAAUUCUAUAUCCUAAAGAGAUAAUCAUCUAAAGAAGAUAUUAUUGUUCCCAAAUAGUUUUCCGAAUUAAAACGACAUGAUAUGCACAAUGUAUACACUAACUGUUAAGGGGGCUUCUUGUGUAAAUGGCUAAAAUAAAGGUGAUUUUUAAAGAUUUUUUA